AUGGCGAGGCACUCAGCCACCCUCUUCGCUGCGGCGGCCCUGCUGGUGCUGGCCAUGGCAGCCGACAUGGCUGGAGCGAGCCAGCUGAACAUAUACAACGGCUCGGGCUGCACCGGCCAGACGACCUACUGCCGCGACCGGGCCUGCUGCAUCGUCCCCUCCGACGCCGUGAGCUACAGAUUCUACUACAACCCCGAGUGGAAGGCCUACCUCUACGCCUCCAGCAACUGCACCGGCACCAGCAAUGGCGUCAUCGACGCCUCUGCAGACUGCGUGGCAGGGGUGAGCUUCAAGAGCGCCUUCCUCACCGACAACAACGGCAUCGAGAUGGUCACCGACAACUGA